CAGGUAAACCAGCUUUCAAUGUAGUUCACCCGCGAAUAGUGCGUUUUACGGUCGGUUUUAGAAUGACUUCCAUUCAGGAACUCGAACAUUCGGCCGCCAUAAUGAUGGUAAGAGUUCAGAUUACUCCUUUUAGCCCAUUUAUUUUCAUAUGAACCGGUUUAAUUCGCACGUGGGUUUUCAGGCUCCGCCAAAUGCUGUGACGCAUCAACAGCGCCAGUCCGCCGAACAAGUGUUCCUGAGUUUUAGAAGAUCAAAGUCACCUUACCUGGCAUGCAGGCAGAUCCUAGGUAACCAAUAUUGUGAUCUCCUUUUGAUCAAUUUAAUUCUUAGUUUAAUUGAUCACACAAUCUUAAAGUCAUCUUUCAGUCUCUCUCGUGUCUUCUCCAUCAUGACGAUAGAAAAAGGACAAAAAAAAUAUCAACAUUUUAUUACAAGCCCUACAAGAGCCCAGAUUGAAGAACGGUUUUAAAACUAACUUAUUCAUAUCAGUCUUGAGUUAAAGUUUCCGCACAGCCCCAUACUAUUGUAAAACAAAUCUGUUUUCCCAAUGGAAAUGUAUUGUUUUUGUCAUUGCUUCUCCAUUCAAGAACUGAAUGCAUAAUAUAGGAUGGGGCUGUGCGGAAAUUUUACCACAUACCUAUUGCUAAAAUUAUUUUAUACCAAACUAGUGUAUUUUGCCUCUUAGUAUAUUCCACACAGGUGAAUAGUGCUUUUUGUGUGUGCUGAUUGGCUAGUUUAGAAGUGAUCAGCAACUACUAUUCACCUUCAGGCAGCUGAAGAGACACAAUAAUGCAUCAAGAGUUUGGUUUUUGACCAUUUUUUGGUUUUUUGAAAGAAAUGAACUCAUUUUUGGUAUUCUCUGAGGUGUAUUCUUACCUCAGAGUGGGUGAAAGUGGUGAACAUUUGCCAAACAGCAUUCUAUGCUUUCAUUAAGACUGGGCAUUGGCUGGGGCUCCAGCAGGUAUUUCUGUCUUGAAUAGCAAUGUCUGCUGUAUUUAUUUGAAUAGCAAUGUCUGCUGUAUUUAUUUGAAUAUAAAGAAUAAAAAUCUGCCAUUCUGGUUAUUUGAUAUCCAGUGAAAAUAUCAGGGGAGGUUUUUCAGCUUCAAAGGUUGUUUAAUCUUGAGAAUUUCUGUUUUUUGUUGUCUUUCCUUCCCUUUUACACCUCAGUUUCAAGUCAUCAUAAAAGAAAGCUUAUUGUGGGUGUUGUCUCUCACUAAUGGACACUCAAAUUCACUGAGAUUAUUGUUUUAUUAUAGUUUGUUAAUUUUCAUAUGUUGUUUUAUGCGUGGAGGGUAAGUUAUGAAAAACUUAUGAAAUUAAGUUUUUCACCUUAAAAGGAUUGUUCUUUUUAUUUGUGCAGAGCAAAGCAAGAAUGAUUAUUUGCUGUUCCAAGCUGCCUCAACAAUCAAAGAAGCCAUCCUUCGCGAGUGGACAAUUCUUGAAAAAGCAGAUGUGGAAUCCUUGAGAUCAUUCCUGUUGACAUUUGUGACUCAUAAACAAGGGUAAGAAGAAAAGCAAAGAAUUUCAUUUGAGUGAAGAACUUUGAAAAUACAGAUUGGGAAAGAAUGGUGCAUUAAAUUGAGACUAUUUUGAGGAUUCAUUCAUGUGUAAUAUUUAGCAAUUAUUACUCUUGUUUGUUGAAGACACACAGGCCUUUUGGUAUGAGUACUUGAAUCUAGAUCAGGAGUUAAGGCUUGGAGCCCUGACUGUGUCAAUUUGUUGUUGAUCUCGAGAUCUUGUUUGUAACUCUCCUUGCUGUCUGCCAUACAGUUCUUGUGAUGUUAGUUUGGAGAAUUUGGUAUUGGAUCAACUUGUAAUCCCCUAAUUGAUAUUUUUCUUUAUUCCCAUCACUUGUCUGCUUGAUAUUGUAUUGAUAUUGUAAGGAGAAAUUCUGUCUUGGUCACCUAUGGGAGUUAAAGGGUUAAAGUAUCACUUAUGUAAACUUGGAAAAGUCAACAUGGAGGAGAAAACCUUGGGGGGAAACCUGAUGCAGUACUGAGGGAUGAAGUGUCUGUAAUAGACCAGCAUUCCAUCUGGGAAGAAUAAAUAUACUUCCACUUGCUUGGUGGUGCAGAAAGGGGUCGGGGAGGGGAGGGGAGGGGUGGGGUGUGAUAAGUACAGGCAGCUAUGGGCUGUUAAGCUACUAUUGCACAAUUUGUAACUGAAUGCCUUGUUGUUCCUGCAGUGUUCAAAAAUAUGUGAAGGAGCAAGUGUUGCAAGUAGUGGCUGUCAUCUGUAAGAGAAGCAUAGUAGAAGAUUCACAUAUAAUACAAGAAUCUUUGCUUAAAGAUGUUACUCAGCUAAUGACUAGCAACAAUAGAGGCAUGGUGAGUGUAGCUACCCUGGUAAUGAGUAUCUGUUAUAUAUUGGUUUUUACUAAAGAAAACUUACAUACCACCCUGACAGGGUUGUAGAUAAGAGCCAGCAGCUGGUGAAGUAUGCUGGCUUCUCUGCAAGGUUUCACCGGCUACUUCCAUUGCUUCAAGAGCCCAUACAGAGAUGAUGUUUAUCAGGUCUAAACUUGGGCUCAAUAAAAAUAUUAAUUUGCACUGCCUAUCUUUUCUGAAAACAUGAAAAGACUUCUGACUCAAGGUUAGUUUAAAAAUGUUCUGAUGGGGACUGUCUUUUUGACAAAUCUUGCUGCAGUGGCAGGAAAGUACGAACAAUAUGAUGUUUUGUCCGCCAUGUUGGAUUUUGAGACCUACAACCAUUUACCUCUAAAAAUGCUCUUGCUACUUAAAACCUUAAAGAAAACCCUGUCCUGAUGUUUCAUGUGACAGUGUAUUUGUAGUAAGAAUUACAGGUCAUCUGAGUUGAAUUUACCUCUGUGCACAGAAUUAGUGACAAGAAGAUAUUAAGUUGUAUAACAGACCCACUUGCUUGAACUGAUACCUUUAAUUUACUAACACAUUCACCAAAAUAUACAUUUUUCUUCAAUUUUCUCUCUUUCAAAUUUAUUUGAGGUAACUAUGAUGUUUUAGUAAGAGCUUUUUAGAGAUGAAAAAUUGAUCACAAUUUUAAGGUCAUAUCUAAUUAAUUGGGAUUUAGUUCUUCUUUUGUUGUAGUUUCCAUUUAAGUUUUCUUCAAUUAAGUUUUUUAUAGAUAAACUCUAGGACUGGAAAAUGUACAUGUAGUGUAUAUACAAAUUUACCACAAAUGAAGAGCUAAUCUGAACUUUCUAGUGAAGAGCCUGAUUUGUGAAAACUGAAGGAGGAAUAAGAUAACCAUUUUUUGAUAUGACACAUGUAUUUCUAUUGAAAAUUGGUCUUAUUUUUAUCCAGAUUAAUCAUAAAAUUUCUUUUUUUAAAACAGCAAAUUCUGGGCUGCAUGAUUUUACGUGCACUUUUGAAUGAGUUUGCCUUCCAUACACGUAGCUGUGACAUUGGCUUGAGUUGGGAGUUUCACAUCCAGUGUAAGAAAUCUUUUGAGGUAUGAUAACUUUUAAGAUAUUUUGACUAAGAUCACUUUCAAGAUUUGGCCAAGGUGCAAGCUUGGACUGCUUUUGUUGCCUUUUGGCUAAUAAAUGUGUAGCUUAGGUCACUGGUUAGGAGAUCUGAGUUUAACAAUCAUGUUACAUGCUGAAGUGUUUUGUAUCACUUAGUACUCUUGGUUUAAAGUUAUGCCAUAGAAAUUUACUUGGAAUACUCCUAAUAAGAUUAAUGCUUGGUCAUUCUUUUAAUAAAGAUUUUGCUCCCUCUCCUUUGUUGUCCAUGGGAUGUCUCAUGAACCCUUCAAAACCAAUUACCUCUUUUAUUUACAGUGACUGACCUUUCAUUUUUGGUACUGAUUUUUAAAUUUUAGGUCAGUAAAUGGUAACUGUACAAAAAAUUGAACUGGGAGCUCAUUGAUUGGAAUUCAGAACUCUCCUUCUCACUCCCUAAUAUCCAGUUUAUUUUUGUAAAGCUUUUUAUUUCUUGUUUAGGCAUUCUGGUUGCCAUUACAGUAUAGAUAAAUCUUAUAAAUUUAUUUUGAAUCAAGUUAUCUUUUGUCUUUCUAAACUUGCUGACAUCAAUGGCUAUAUUCUUUGCUUCUUUGCUGCCCUUAAGCUUUGCAGCUCAGUGUCAGUUAAAAUUUCAACCUUUUGCCCCACAUUUUGAAUUAACUGACAUGAUUGCUGAAUUUUCUUUGUUGUUGUUGUUCUUUAAUUUGUUAUGUGUUAUUUUAUCAGGUUCAAGUUCUUCAACAAAUCUUUAUGCUGGUAGUACAAUCCAUGCAGCAGUUCUUGGCAACGGAAUUGAAUCAACUAUCAGCACAAGACAUUUCUGCUUUAGUACACUUGUCAUCUCUGGCUGAACAGAUUUUGAGCUGGGAUUUUUCAAAGUUUGAUAUCCUUUUACACUUUGUUGUGUUAAUACACUCACCCUCCACAAAAGUUUACUUCUUGUGUAAAAGCAAUGUUGAGCACAAAGGAAAUUACAUUUUCCAUUAGUCAGAAUGAGUUGACUUGUGUUUUGGGAUUUGACUCUAAUAAAAACUGUCUGAUGUUAUUUUCCCUGUGAUUAUAAAAGUUUUUUUUUAUGUACUUAGAUCACUAACUGGCUUACAGAAAUUUAUUUUCAUGGAAUCAAAGAGGCAAAUUCAUGGUUGGUAGUUAAAACACACAAGGUGCUUCAUCUUACCCACUCACAGAGCUAGCCAUACAAUAUCUUGUCAUUAUAUUAAUUCUGAUGAUGAUGACAAUGAUGAUGAUGAAGAGACUUUCUUAACUAGUGUACGUCACAGAAAAAAGCUUGUGUCAGGGGAAGCAGCAGCUGUGAUCCUAUUUAGACCAGGUACUUCUUGGAGAGAGCUUAUCUUUGAUCCUGCUCUGGUGGGCUUGUUUUGCAAGGUACUGUUCAUAUAAGAGAAAGGAAAAACAGGCCUGAAUUGUCUUCAUUGGAAAAUGUGUAGUAAUUGUCAAUAUGUGAUGUUUCCUUUCUGUGUGAAAUGAUGUGAAUCUGUGAACUCAUCUAUGGUCUCAGUGUAGGUUUGUUCUGCCAUAAGACUUCUUGUGUGUUGUAAAAAUGGUAGAUCUACCAGUUGGGUUCUGUGUGGGUUGUUUACCCAAGUUGGAUACAAAAAAGGAUGUGGGAAACUACAUGUAAACUAGAGAAUUUCUUACUAUUAUUUCUAUGUCCUAUAACCUGUUUUCAAUUAUUUGGUUGUUUGGUUGUUUUUGUUUUUCUUUAAGUCUACUUUAUCAGGCCAUAAAUGAAACCAGGAGCCUGCAAUAAAGUCACAAUUUAUUUGUGCCCAAAAAUGACUGAAUUGUCAUUAUAGGAAUAAGUUCUCGGGAACUUAAUUGAAACUCUUAAGUAGCAAUUUAUUCACUUCUGAGUAGGGUGUUAGGCAUUUUAUUCAAACUUGUGGUAUGUUAUAAUUUGGUUUUUGUUUACAGAUGGGUAAUUUUAUUUACAAAUGGCUUAACCCUUUAACUCCCACAAGUGACCAAGACAGAAUUUCUCCUUACAAUAUCAAUAAAAUAUCAACCAGAUAAAUUAUGAGAAUAAAGAAAAAUAUAAAUUUGUGGUAAUUAGUUGAUCAAAUACUAAAUUCUCUGAACAAACAUUAUAAGAACUGUAUGCUUGACAGUAACAAGAAUUACAAAUUUGAUCUGGGAGUUAAAGGGUUAAUAUUUCACAUAGUUGAGCUUGUCAGUGGCAACAUGGAGACCUCAGGUUUAAUUAUUUUACUCCCACAAGUGACCAAGGCAGAAUUUAUCCUUACAAUAUCCACAAUAUCAAACAGACAAGUAGUGAAAACAAACAAAAAUAUCAAAAAGGGGAUUACUACUUGAUCCAUUGUCUAAUUCUCCUAACUCACUUCAAAGGAAUUUUAUGGCAGUCAGUUAGAGGAAUUACUAAGGAGAUCUUGGGAGUGAAAGGGUGAAAUCUCAGUGAGACUAGACUUCAUGCUUCUUUAUCCUGAUGCAUAAACUGUCAAUUCAACUACAUAGAUCAUGUAGUGACUUUCUGAUAUUUGUAAAUACUGCAUUUUCUCAAUAGCUUCAGCUAAGGAUGCAGGCCAAUGAUGAAAUAUGCCACCACUGUGGUCAGUGCUUAAUUCAGCUUGCCUCCCUCUGUGGAGAGGUAUUUCAAGAUACUCUGUCACAAACACAAUACAUAUCUAAUUUUAUGGAGGGAUUUCUACAAAUCUCUAAAAGGUACAGUGUUUGUUCUCCUUCUCUAGCAACAACAACAGUAACAACAACUUUAUGGUCCCUUUAUCAAGUUUUUGCAAUGUAUUAUAUAGAAAAUAAUAAGGAAUUGCUUAAAUAAUAGUUAAUUAAAUAAUAAAAGGGUGCUAGCAUCCAGGAAUAACUAAGCAGCUAAAAAUGACUGAGAGCUGGAUUAAGUUAAAUAAUUAUAAAAAUAAAUAUUUGUAGCAGAAGUACAGUAUGGUUAACAUACACACAAAAUACACAAACAUCAGAUACUUCCUAUUUUAUAACUGUAGCAUUACGAUAGACAUUGGGAUUCAAUAAUGUACCUGUUUGGAUUGUGAAGUCAGUUGUAUAUGAGGUUCAAUUGCUCUUGGGGGCUCAGAAUUUUUCCUUUGUCCCACACUUGUGACAAGACAAAAAACCUCUUUCUCUAUUUCUUUACCAAACUCAAAACUUACCAUCUCUCGGAUUCUAUUUACAAACAUGAUGCUAUUGACAUUGCUGCUCAUAGCAGUAUGCAGGACGUGUGUCAUAUGAACGUCAUAAUAGGCCUUGCUCAGUGUAGAGUCUCUGUGGCUCAGUGGUAGAGCAUUGGGGUGUGGAAUCAUUAGGUCUGAGGUUUGAUUCCUCAUGGGGACUCAGAAUUUUUUCUUUGUCCGAUGCCAGUCUUAUAUGUGUUCUGAAUUUUUUUUUCACAAAUGUAAGUUCUGCACUCGUGUGGUACUGUACAAAAGUAAAGAAGAUAUCCAACAGACUGCCAGUCGUUAUCUCUUGUUUCCCAAACAGGCAAAUUUGUAUCAGUGGUUUGUGAAGAUGUUACUCCUUUGUUGACUAAAAUAAUCCACUUAGAAUUUUUUUGCCCUUUAAAUAAGCUGGCCUUAAAUCAAGGGAAUAGUGGUAAUUAAAAUUUGUCUAACAUAUUAGUUAUGUUUAGCAUCCUAAGUUGACUGUUUGUUUAUGUUAGUAAUAUUAGCUUUUUAAUACUCUAUUAUUUGGUGUUUGUCCUUUAGCUUGGAGAUGAAUGGACAAGCGGCAUUGUGCCUUGGUAGCAUUGUGAACCGUCUUCUGUGUGUGUUUCCUAUUUAUGCCAUCAAGGCUUUACCUGUUGAUACACUAAGAUUGUUUGGAGAAUCCAUGACUGACCUGACAUGUUCCUUUUUACAAGCUGUUGCUAAAGAAGAAGAGGUUUGUCACUCAAUAUUUUGUUACUUCUACAUUUUUAAUCCUUUUCCCACUACAUGUUAUCUUGAUAGAACAUAAAAUUAUCUCUACUUGAAUGUAAAAAAUGUAUAUAAGUUCAAAGGGAGAAUUACAAAUCAAAUUGUGGGGGUUCAAGGGUUGAACUGCAUCAAUUGCUCUAUAUGUGUUUGUCUUAAAAUUUACUCUUGUAACUUGGACUUUCUGUUCUUUACCAAGAUGCACUUUAUGCCUUUAACCCCUGAGAGUGACUGGCAUAUAAUUUCCCCUUAAAAUAUCACUCGUGAAUCACACAUUAAUGUUUUGAGAAUAGAGGAAAUGAUCACCAACCGAAAAAGCUCUUAAUAGAGGAAUUCUCCUUGUCAGCACCUAAGGAAAUUUAUAGGGAGCAGUGUGGAGAAUAUGUGUACUGAUGUUGAGGGGUUAAGCACACAUUUUGUAAAUCAAUCUCAUACUUGACUAUGCUCAUUUUGCUUUCAGCUAAACACUGAGGACACAAGCUUUAUAGAAGCUGUAGAACAAUUCUUGGAAGGAUGGGCUAGCCUACUGGAGUACUCAGGACUGUUUCCUAAGGGAAUAUUCAGUGAUAGUGCCACUAAGAUAUUAAACUGCUAUGUUCAGUGUCAUUUGGCUGCUCCAGAUGGUUUGCGUGGGACAUUUUCACAUCAGAUUGACAAUGGCAUUCACCUUGAUGAGAUCUGUGAUUUGGAUAGUGAUGACAGAGAACUUUUUGUCGAUCAAUUAUGUACUAUUGGCAGCUUUGGUCGUCUCAUACCAGAUCAUGCUCUCAACCUUCUCACGAAACUCUUAGAAACUAGAGUUGAUCAGUUUGAAAAGUAUCUCUCUGCCAUCAAGUAUUCAACAGGUAUGUACAGUUGAACCUGUAUUACACAGUCACGUUGUAUUAGUUUGUUUCCCCUUAGUCACCAUAAUUUUCACCUCUAUUGAGUGCUCACCUCAAUAAGGCAGUCGUUGUCACCUUUGACCGAGUCUCAACAGCCUUUUUGUAUUGUCUCAUAAUACCAAAUACAGUCAGUCAGUCAGUCAGUGGGUCAGUCAGUCAGUCAGUCAGUGGGUCAGUCAGUCAGUCAGUUAGUCAGUCAGUCAGUUAGUUAGUCAUUUCAUCAGUCAGUUCAUCAGUUAGCCUAUCAGUUGGUCGGCCAGUCAGUCAGUUGGUCAGUCACCUAGUCAUUCAUUCAGACUGUAAGUUGGUCAGCUGGUCAGCCAGCUAGCCAGCCAAUCAAUCAACUAUUCAAUUCAUUAAUCAAUUAUGCUUAUCCUUUUUUGUUAAGGGCCUUUAUCCUCUGGCUUUUCAGGCAUGGAUAACCUUUAUGAAGACCUACAUUGGUUACUUCUAAUUUCUGGUUACUUUCUUGCUGAUGAUGGCAACGGGGAGAAACCACUUAUUCCAAAAGAAAUUAUAUCAUAUUCGUCAAGUUUAGAAAGUCAUGUUGAUGUGCAGGCUACUUUUCAGUGUCUCUGUUCAUCACAAAUCCAGGGUAAGUGGAGUAUGAAAGCUUUAACAUAGAUGCAGCUUUCUUCCUUGCAGCAAAAACAAACAUCAUGAAAUCUGGUGCACUCUUAUAAUCUUAGUUAGAAAAAGGGAUCCUUAAUGAAUUUCUAUAAUUUUCCCUGUUGAAAGAACUGUAUUUUAUUGAUCAAAGUUCUUGCACUGGUUCUCAGUUUAAAAAAUUUAACACCAAAUUCUCAGAAUUAGGAUCACACAAAAUGUUUUGCAGAUGAUGAAGAUAAAUGAGAUGGAGAUCUCACGAGCAAGAUGGUUGAAAUAUGUCCUGGGAGGAAUUAGGGAGGAACUUGACUGUUAGCAAUGUUUUUCAACUUUUAUGCCUUACCUUUUCAAGUAUUUUUAUUCAUUAUUUUUCUCAAGCAAUCACCAAGAGAGAGUCAUGCUUAGAAAGUGAAUUAUUCACAUAGCCCUUUUCCCCCCCCCCCCACCAUGUUGUUUUUUUGACUCAAGACGUGUAAAGUUCUUCGUGUAUUUUACAUGUGUAUAUAACGCGAGAUUAGCUUAUUUCGGUGCUUCUGAAAUCUCCCAGUCUCCUUUGCUGCCGUUGUUUGCUCUCGCCGGGCGACGCGUGGGGGGGGGGGGAAGAGAGGAGGAAAGAGGAGGAAAGAACGCGUUGCGUGACGAGACUAAGAAACGGCUGUGAAGGAGGCUAGGGAUCUCCUAGAGCAGGUUCAGACGGCUUUUAGAUAGACUCUCUUUAGUGUUAGUUUGAUCCUCUCUUGGAAUUAUUUCCCUCACAAGAUUUUUUCCUAUCAUAGGGGAUGCAAACAGUAUUCAAGACUAUUCCAGAGUUGAUCCAGUGGUGAGACUCGUGUCGGUUAUCUUCCGCUUAGCAGACCUGGAGAAACAUGCUCUAGGAUCUGGUCUAUCAGAACUGUUAAGUCCCCAGGUUGGGCGGAGUAUUGUCUGGUGCCUGAGGCAUUGGGCUAAGUCAUAUCUGUUACCAGACGAAAAGGACUAUGACAAACUUAGUGUGUCUCUUAUGUCUGUGUUUGGACCAUGUACUGAUGGUGGAAAGUGGGCUCUAGGAUUCCUAUUGGAUAAAGUUAGGACCAAUUUAUCUGGAUGGUCUGCGGAGUCACAGAUUGUUGAGGACGCUGCUUUGUUGCUGUUAAGCUUGGUGGACAGCAAAAACAGGUAAAUGACAUAUUAGGAGGUGAAGUAAUGGCAAUAACCAAUCAGAGCAAAGAUAAGUACCCGUAAGUACAAAUUGGAACUCAAGGAAAACAAGCAAACUGCUUGAAGGGCAGGAAAAUAUGAGUGAUCAAGUUGUGGUUGAAUUAUCCACCCCCCUCCCCCUCCCCCUUUCCCCCUUUUUUUUACCCCCAGGAGUGAUUGGCGUCUAAUUUCUCCUUACAGUUUCACCCUUAAAUCAAAUUUAAAGGUCAUGAAAUUAGAGGGAAUGAUCACCAAUUUAAGAAGCUCCCGAUUUUCGAAAAAAAAUUUCCUUUUCAGCAUCUUAGGAAAUGUAUAGAGAACAGUACGGAGAAUAUGCAUACUGAUGUUAGGGUGGAAAAGUUAAAGGGUACAUUUUAUUUGUCGGGGGGGGAGGGGGUGGUGCACUUAAAGAAAUCACUGAGCGACAAACAAAUCCAUCUCGAAUUACUAAAAACACUCAAUAGAACAUUUCUUUGUAUCCCUCAAGGAAGAGUGUGGAUGCUUUCACAAUUUUUGAAUGUAAUAUUACCCCCCUCGCGAUUGGCUGUAGUAUUUUUGCGAACGAGUGUCCAUUGUUGACGAGUCUUCUGAUUUUCUCUUACCUUUUGGUUGAUUGACAAUUUAGGGCAGAAGUGGCCAUCUCCUUCGACAGUCUGUGGCUUCUAGCACAAGAACAUAUGUCUAAAACUUCUGUUCUUCACGAGCUUCCGCCUGAAGUGUUGCGCUACCUUACACAGGCUCUUGUACUGGCAGGAUCAGUCGGGGACGAUACAACUGCGAGAAAGAAAUACUUAGAUCAAGUGAGUAACUUAUUUAAUUGAAAGUGUUUGCUGUAUCUCUUGUCAAGAUCAUUUGUCGUGUUACAAAUCUGCCAAAUCUUGGCUAGAUGUGAUGGUUUUUUGUAAGUGAGUUUUGCACGUAAACUACGUAAGUGGUGUCUUGGUAUACGAAACAAAUCUCAAAAAAGUACCGAAGAGAUGGCCGCAAUUAUGAUCUGUGAACGAUAAGUAAGUAGGUUAUCUUCAAAGGUAGACUACAGUAAAGGCAACUGAUUUUAAAUGUAUAUUUUUUGUUCCGACUAAGUUCCAACUGUUGAAACAUCACCACUUUAAAACUCAUGACAGUAGUUUCUCCUCCUUAAGCAGCUUGUAGCUAAUAAUCAACCAUGCCUGCCGACGCAGCAUGGCGGUUUCUCUACAAAGUAAUAACUUUGUUUGAAAUUCUCUCAAACGCAAUUCCGGAAUGAAUUUCUUUUCUUGCACCUUCGAGGUUCAAUAAAUAAACUAGCAGCUUUCUUACACCUUUUCCAGUUGGUGUUCAGGACAACCGCCUUUACUUAAGUAUUGGCCACUGAACCAUUACAUUAUUUAGCGUCUUUUUCUCUUGAAGCAUAACCCUUUCGAGAUUGCUGACCUUAGCAAUGUGUGGAACACUUCUUACCCAUGGGCGCCAUAUACAGCUUAGCUGACUACCGAGUUCUCUGCAGCUUAGCUCCAGUAAGAGAAUAGGAGCUUGCUGCGGCUUGAUUCCUCACAGAGGACUGGGAAGUUUUCUUUUCACCUCAGUCACGCUUGUAAAAAAAUUACAUUUCCUUCUGUAGGCAAUGACAGGGAUAUAAGUUAACCAUCUUUCUUCUGUACUGUUUACAGCUUCUACGGACCUUACAGUCGCAUUUCUUGGGCACUUGUCACCAGCCAGACUUCACUAAAUUGUCUCAAAAGGAACCAGUACGAAGUCAGAUGCAGUGUUUGUUAGAGUCAUUCAGAGGAACAGCUUUGGCGGCAAAUCGACACAAUGCGAACACGCUGUUUAACUACCUCCUCCCUGUACUCUCAAACUGCGUGCCCCUGGUGAAUGUGUAUCAGAAUUGUCCCGAAUUAGUUUUUCUGAUUCUUGAAUUGUUUGUGGAUGUAGUCGACUCUCAGAUUGCCUAUAUUGAGGAGGUGAGUUUGUUCAGUUAACUUUCCUUCUUGUUGAUAUACAUAAGCUCUCAGUAUGUCGAUACUCAAGUCCCCUUCGUGAGAGCAUGAUAACCGAGCCUGAUAACUGAGCUGACCCCUGAAAGGAAACGGAAACGGCUUAGUUACCGAGUUGAACCAGACGUGAUCUUUUAAUUUUCUUUCCUGUAAAGGGGCAUGAGGGGUCACCUGGGAAAUUUUACAGCUUGGUAAACGUUGCUACUUAAAAUACACCAGUAUUAGUCUCGUAAAAUACACCAGUAGUAGUCUCGUAAAAGAAAUCUGAAUUUAAGUAAAGAAAAGAGAAACUAGGUGAGGCCCAAGUGAGCCCGUUUGAUCGUAACCCUUAUGAAGAGGUAAAAUGAUAUAAAAAAAGGUAUAACGAUUGUAGGAAAACUCUCAUAAAGAAUCUAUGGGUUCAUGGGUGACAUAGCAGAAACUGAGUUCAAAACGUUCUUUGUGGAUCCUGGCAAUGUUUCUUCGUUUAAGGGUUGAGCAAAAUCUCUGACGGGUUAUGUUGUUCUUUCUGCUAUUUUUUUCUGAAUUAUCUUUAGCGUGAAUUACCAAGACUUUAUGAAGUUUGUAUGGGGCUUGUGCAGACGUAUGGGAAAUGUAAUCUGGGUAAGUACUUUGAAAUCUUUUUGGAGAAUCUUUCAAAUGAUGUACGGUACUAUAGUUAGCUCGCACGUCAUCGUAUCUACCUAAGGGUUGCCAUGCUUUUAUUGACUCUCAAACCGUUCUUUAUAGGAAAAAUAAGCGAGGAGUCGCUGGCAGAAGAGGAACAACUGAACGAUCUUCUUCUUCUGAUAAAACUCCUUUCCAGCUUGCUGUCCAAGGAUAGCCUCGAUUUUGGCUCUGGUAAGAAACUUGCAUCAAGUGUCGCAGUUCUAAAGAUUAAAACGAUUUCUCGGAAAGCUCGAUUUUGGUGUGACUCGAAAGCAGGGAAUUUUCACCGUUGACGGAAACUGACGUCAAGAAAGAUGUUGGCCAUUUUUGUCAUAGGGUGACAAAGGAAAAAAUCAAGUGUGUAAAUAGUAUUACGGGUGUAAAUAGUGGUAAAUUUGAGCUUUGCGUAUGGUCGAAUGAACUAAGAUAUUUGCUAUUUUGGUGAAGAACGUAAUACAAAGAUAAACAUAUGAAUACCCGAAAUGAUAUCAAUCACUAAGGGCGUAUGCUUCAACUCUUUCUCAUAAUGGACAACGUUAGGAAUUUGUUCCCUUGUUACUUAUCGGUUAUAAUUUGUCUAAUGUUUGAGGAUUUUGGUUUUGUAAGGUUGAAAUUUACCUAAUCCCCCUCUCAGGCUCUAUGAUAUUCUCAUGGUCCUACCCCUCCCUUACUGGCAGUCAAUUUUCUAUAGUCCCCCCACCCUUGAUACUUUGUCGGCCUGCUUACCCCUCUCCGUUCCUCCUGAAAGCUGUGUAAUCCCUUUCAAACUCAUUCUCCCCCCCCCCCUCCUUAGAGCGUUAAUAAAGACUGGUCCCUUAACCCUCUACCCCUGGAUAUCAGUAUCCAUAUUCUCCAUACUAUUCACUAUACAUUUCCUGAGGUGCUGGCAAAGAGAAUUUGCUUAAUGAUCAAGAGCUGCUUUAGUUGGUGAUCAGUUCCUUUAUUCUCCUGACCGUAAUGUUUGAUUCAGGGGUGAUAUGGUAAGGAGAAAUUUGAUGUUAGUUACUCUUAGGGGUUAAAGGGUUAAGGCUUCCAAAUAUAGCGCUAUAGUAAAUGAUUCAAACUGUCUUUGUUUUAUCAAUAGGUGAAGAUCAGAAAGCGACACCAUCUGACGUGGCGUUCUAUGGUCUUCAUGUUAUCAUACCUCUUAUGUCCCCAGAGGUUCUCAAAGUAAGCUCCUCUGCUUUUGCGAUUUCCCACUUGUUUUCAGCUCGGGUCUCUUGUUAAUUAUUCACGCAACUAAGACAGUGGGUUUUAAAGCUAGCCGAUAGCUUGAUGGGACCUCGAUCAAACGCUGAGGCGUCAACUGAACGCUGCCAGCGUUUUCUUUGUGUAUUGGCAGGUUUGCUCAGGCGUUUGUAUGAGGCUGGGGUUUAAUCAGGUAAACGUGAUAUAAGAUCUGUGUGUAACGGGAGAAGUUAUAAUUAAUGUCUUCGAAAAUUACUCAAACUCAGUAUUUUUUGGCAAGGUGACUUCACUAAAAUCAAUCUGUCGGUCUUUCAGUAAAUGUGAGUUGGAAACUCUUGAUGAACUUAACUGUUUCAGUUUCCAACGCUGUGUACAGAGGUUUUUAAGCUGACGACCUACGUGUGCGAAAUGUACCCUGAAAAGAUGUCAGCUCUGCCAGACGAGUUGUUCAAGAGCCUCAUGGCCUCAUUAGAAGUGGGAUUGACAAAGUAUCCUUAUUUACUAGUAGGGUCUCAAGCCCACUGGUACUCACCUCAAACUGGUGUAAUUUAGCUUGACGUCGCUUAGAGUAUUGCUGCUUUUUCUGAUUAAGAUACUAGUUCACAACUAUUUGAGUGUUGUUCCUUGACUGUUUGUUUAGUUACGGCACUGAUGUCACAAAAAUGUCCUUAGAGGCUCUUUCUUCGUUAGCAACCUACUGCUUUGAAGAGGCACAGAAAAAUGUGAGAGUCCCCAUUCACGAGGUUCUUCAGCAUUUCUUGAAGGUAUUGAAUUACGUUUGCUUUUCUGAAGGUGAAAUGGAGUGUUGGUCAGCCUUUACUUAAAAUGUGCCGGCACUUGUGAUUUAAAAACCUCUAAGAUUUAGAUGCUGGUUAUUCUUCCAUUUAGCUGCUACUAAUACUCUUGUGAACUAUUUAACCCGUUAACUCCCAAUAUCUGAUUGUUGUUUCUCCCUUCUAGCUGCUACAUAUUUCCUUGUAAAUUUGUGACGAGAAGUUGGUGUUAGAUCAAGAUAAUAACUUUUACCUGAUAAGUUUCAUUAUUCUCAUUACCUAUUUGUUGGAUAACGUACGGGUGUUAUAGGGAGAAGUUACGUUUUCAUCACUUCCGGGAGUUUGAGUGAAGAGAAUCCUCUGUCAUAUCAAGAUGACACCGCCCUAACUGAUAAGUCCAAUAAGUGUCCAUCAGUUUGCUUGAUAAUUCAUCGAUUUUGCUGAGAAGAAUUACAAGUGAAUUUCCAUACGAGUGAAACGCACUCGAGGCGACACGUAACCGUACCCCGUCUUAAAUGUUUCAGCAUUUUCUUAUUCUUUUUUAUUUGCAGUACUCUCAGUUAUUUUCUUCACCCUCUUAGAGCUUAUGUCAGUCAAGUUGUUUUAAACCUUAACAAUUUUUCUACAGUGAGUCCUCAAUUGUUGUACCUCGUGAUGUCAUCCGACAUUGUGCAUCGCAAAAACCGUUGCACAGCUCCUUCAACUUGUUAGUGUAUUAAUUAAUCCUUGUUUCUGUUUUGGACAGACUCUGUUUGAUAUGCUUCUUCUAAAGUCAUUUGACAUGGAUUUACUUCAACCAGCAGCGGAGGCCUUUCUUGCUUUGAUUUGUUGUCAUCAGGUGAUUUUGAAAUUCUUUUGGCGUUGACUGUUCUUGACCUUCUUUUCCAGCUUCUAUUUCAAACAAAUUUCAUCUUGCAGUUGUGCGUUUUAUGGCAAGAUUUGUUUUUAGAAUGUUGUAUCUUAACCGCGCGCCGCGGAGGUCCUUUAUCUCUCGCAUGUUAACAUAUCAAUGUCGUCAAAUCAACAAAGUUUUUUUUUUGCUAAAUAAAAGGCUUCUUCGCUUUACCAAAAAAUUGCGUUAUCGCCAUGUGUCAGAAUUUUGAAAACGUCUUCAAAGCUACAGCUUACAUUCGGGUGAUCCCCUCAUUUCAUGUUGUGUUUUUAAAUGAUAUCCUCAGUUUGAAUAUUUCAUUAAAUUGGAUGUAAUAGAGAGAACCUUUCAUGGCCGCUGGAUAUUGAAUUUUUUCUUCUCAUAGUAAAUCUUUGCUCCGCUUCUAGUGAAAGGUACCAUCAGCACUCUUAGGUAGGACUCGAGUACCAGUGUCGCUAUAUCAUAUCAUCUCCAUUCUUUUUACUGUUCAGAUGUAUUAUACCGAGUUGGUACGUAACCUUUUGGCGCAACAGACGGACCGAGUUUUAGGUCAGCGGCUUUUAGACGCCUUCAAUCAGCUAACUCCGAGCAACAUGAAGUUAUCACUGGACAGACUCAACAAGAUGCAGUUCAGGAAAAGUCUGGACUUGUUUCUCAGGAGUGUCAAAGGUUUUCUUUGCGUCAAGUAGAAACUUCCUUGAUGAAGUAAAGAAAUCGCAGGUUCCGCAUGCGCAGCUACAAGUCAAAUUGACGCUGAGCACACCAUUUGUAGCAGUUCAUAGCACCGACCAGCUUUCUAGUUAACCCACUCUUUCGCAACAUGGGAAAACGAGAAAGAGCUAGGCAAGAGUUUAGGAAAAAUCUGCACAGCCAGUCUACCUUGUCUCUGAUGGAAAUGUGAAAACUUGGGUACAAGAAAAAAGAGAAGUAUUUUUUUCGUUCAGCACCAUUGCGUAAUACAAUUACUCCAAAAAAGAGGAAAGAAAACACGGGUGGCGCAACUAAACCAUAGCGUGAUGUUUGAAAGCUAAAAAGCCUUCAACUAAAUUAACCGAAAUCCAUUAUUGCCUUAUAAAUUUAUUCUGAAACAUUUUAAAAUUACCAAGAGGAAAUCUGAACAUGUAGAGUCUGAUGCACAAGUGGCGACAAUGUAGAGGGUUUUUAAGUUGUAAAUAUAUUUUAGUGACAUGAUAAAGUCAGUAAACAAGAUAAAUAUAUUUUUUAUAUAUAUUUUUAUUUAUUUUCAAAUUGACAUUUAACUUAGUGGUAAACAGUGGACAACGCAGGUAUCUCUUCGCUGUUGUGAUGUCUAAAACGGGCAUAAAUAUGCGUUUUCCAAUUAUGUUUAUGGUCAUGUCUCUUGAUUACCCUUUCACUCCCAAGAUCUAAUUGUUUAUUUUCUCCUUUAACUGCCGCACAUCUCCUUGUAAAUUAGUUGUGACAAUUUGGUGUUAGAUCAAGAAAACAACUUCUACCCGAUGAGUUUGAGUAUUGUCAUUACCUGUUUGCUGGAUUAUGUAUGGGUAUUUUGGGGAGAAAUGGCAUGCUAAUCACUUUUGGGAGUUAACGUUUAAAUAAUGUGUACAUGCUCCACAGUUUGGGUUCCCAAAGAUUGUGAAAAGGUACGAAUUUUCUCGAAAACGUCUCUCAUAGAUCUGUGUUUGAGCUACCGUUGCAGAUUGAUAAAAUCCUCUUAAUUGAGCUGACUUUCUCUAAGGCAAGAUAUGCAUUAGCAUUCAUUAUUUUCAGUGAGAAAACACUGUAACUACAAAAAAAUGGCAAAAUUACUUGGUAGGCCUUCUUUAAGUGGGUGGUCGACAAUCUUCCACUCAACAAAAUAAACAACAAC